AUGCUUGAAGAUCGUAUAAUUCGAUUAAAUGUUAUAAAAUUAACACAAGUUUCUGAACAUGGUUUAUGGUCAUCAUGGAUUUCACUUGGUUCUCAUAUUAAUUUUGAUGAUUCUAGUUUAACUAUACUUAGUAUAUUAUCGCAUAGAACUAAUGAUGAAUUAGCUAAAGAAUUUGUUGUACUUAAAUCAGCAAGAAGACAUAAGGAAGACGUGUGA